AUAGCACACACUGCUGCUACUGACCAUUGGUGGUGGAGGGAGUGGAUGCUUGUGGGUGUAGCGCCAAUUGAGCGGGCUGCUUUGCCCUGGAUGGCAUCAAGCUUCUUGAGUGUUCUGGGGGCUGCACUCAUCCAGGCAUGUGGGGAGUAUUCCAUCACACUCCUGACUUGUGCCUUGUAGAUGGUGGACAGGCGUUGAGGAGUCAGGAGGGUGAAUUCCUUGCUGCAGUAUUCCUAUCUUCUGACCUGCUCUUGUAGCCACUGUAUUUAUGUGAUGAGUCCAGUUGAGUUUCUGGUUGAUGAUAACCUCCAGGAUGUUGAUAGUGGGGUAUUCAGUGAUGGUAGCACCAUUGAAUGUCAAGUGCUGGUGAUUAGAUUAUCUGCUAUUGGUGCUGGUCAUAGCCUGGCAUUUGUUUGGCUCAAAUGUCACUUGCCACUUGUCAGCCCAAGCCUGGAUAUUGUCCAGAUCUUGUUGUGUUUGAACAUGGACUGCUUCAGUACCUGAGGAAUCACAAAUGGUGCUGAACAUUGUGCAAUCAUCGACAAACAUCGCUACUUCUGACCUGAGGAUGGAGGGAAGGUCAUUGAUGAAGCAGCUGAAGAUGGUUGGGUCUAGGGCACUAACCUAAGGAAUUCCUGCAGAGAUGUCCUGGAGCUGAGAUGAUUGACCUCCAACAACCACCAUCACCUUCCUAAGUGUCAGGAGCAGCGAUGAAGAGAAAUCUGACCAUGAACAAAUUUCUGCCUUCAGCGCUUCUUAGUCUGGCGUUGGUGGUCUCCUGGUUGGCAGGAAGAGGGGAGCCUGGCUCAGUGGAAGAUGAAGCAAGGGACAACAUUACUAUUUUUACAAGAAUUCUUGACAGACUCUUGGACGGCUAUGACAAUCGGUUGAGACCAGGAUUAGGAGAAAGAAUAACAGAAGUCAAGACAGACAUCUACGUAACAAGUUUUGGGCCUGUAUCAGACACAGACAUGGAAUACACAAUCGAUGUGUUCUUUCGACAAAGUUGGAAAGAUGAAAGACUAAAAUUUAAGGGUCCAAUGAACAUUCUUCGAUUGAACAACCUGAUGGCCAGUAAGAUAUGGACACCAGACACAUUCUUUUAUAAUGGCAAGAAGUCAGUGGCACAUAACAUGACCAUGCCAAACAAACUGCUACGAAUCCAAGAUGAUGGGAAGCUUCUAUACACGAUGAGGCUUACUGUCCAAGCAGAAUGUCCAAUGCAUUUGGAGGAUUUUCCAAUGGAUGCACAUGCUUGUCCCUUGAAAUUUGGGAGCUAUGCAUAUACAAGCACAGAGGUGAAUUACAACUGGACCAAUGAACCAGCAAAAUCUGUGGUCGUUGCAGAAGAUGGCUCUCGUCUGAAUCAGUAUGAUUUACUCGGACAAACUGUGGGUGAAGAGCUUGUCCAGUCUAGUACAGGUGAAUACAAAGUUAUGACAACGUAUUUUCACCUGAAGAGAAAAAUUGGCUACUUUGUGAUCCAGACCUACCUGCCGUGUAUCAUGACUGUCAUUCUUUCACAAGUGUCAUUUUGGUUGAAUAGAGAAUCAGUGCCUGCAAGGACUGUCUUUGGAGUUACAACAGUGCUUACAAUGACAACUCUGAGCAUCAGCGCUCGAAACUCGCUCCCUAAAGUUGCAUAUGCAACUGCCAUGGAUUGGUUUAUUGCUGUCUGCUAUGCCUUUGUGUUCUCUGCAUUAAUAGAAUUUGCCACGGUGAAUUAUUUUACAAAACGAGGCUGGGCUUGGGAUGGCAAAAGUGUUGUGAAUGAUAAGAAGAAAGACAAGGCUUCUGUCAUGAAGAAAAAUAAUGCUUAUGCAGUGGCAGUUGCCAAUUACGCACCAAACAUCACCAAGGACUCAGCACUACCAACAAUUGCAAAGAGUGCAGCUGCAGAGCCAAAAGAAGCCAAACCAGAGACCAAGCCCCAAGAGGCCAAGAAAACAUUUAACAGCGUAAGCAAAAUUGACAGAAUGUCCAGGAUAAUGUUCCCUGUUUUAUUUGGAACUUUCAAUUUAGUGUACUGGGCCACAUAUUUAAACAGAGAAACUGUUGUUAAAGAGAUGAGUGAUGGCGCAGCAAAGUAAUCAUUGAUGCAUUUUAAGGCAAGUGGAAUUUCUAAAGGGUAAGAAUGCCAAAUGCAACCUGUAAUUGCUAAUCUAUGUACUUUGGUAUGUUUAUAGAAAUAAGCCUUUAUUUUGUCAUGAUUCAUACACAGAAGAGUUGCAAAGUCCACAUGAUCCACAACAUGAUUUGGAAAAUGAAUUAUACUGCGAUCUCAAUGAAAGGACAAUUGAAACAAGAUAUUAGGCAUUAGAAGGAUGCGGAAUAAGAUGUGGAAUGGGUUGUGAUGAUGAGUGGGUCAUUUUUGAUUUGAAUACCCGUGGGAUUAACCUGGCAAAACAGACGAUUCAUUCAUUGUAGAUUGCACAACAUUUGCUUCAUGGAAAAUAAUUGAAUGCAAAUAAGGUGUGAUCUAUAGUGGUUGACCAAUCACUACCGGGUUGCCAACUGGCUGUAAAAUUGAAAUUCACCUAAUGGUGAAAACUUGGGUUCAUACAUUCAAAGUUUGUACCACACAACUGUUUGCAAGGUUUUGCAUUGCAGAUACUUAAAAUCAAAAAAGAGUUCAUAUGUUAGCACUUAUUGGUUGAAAAAAAUUAUUAGGUUGCACUUCUGUCAUUUUUUAUUGUAAGACCACAUGCUAUAUGAAAGUGUUGAUGAUUACAGUAGUACUUAGUGAUUUUUAAUUUCUUCAGUCUAGUACACAACUGACAUCGGUUCUAGUGCAAAACUUUUACUUGUAAAAAGAAAUGUUUCUUAUAUACUGCGAGAGAUAAUUAAUGUUUAAAUAAACACAAGAAUUAGGUUUCUCAACAAGAUUUCAUAACACAACUUUAAUGUUUAUUUUAUUGUAUUUCUUCAACAUUUGUUUUGUGCUGCCAUUUUGGUUUUAAUGUUAAAUAUGACGCAUGUGAUUUGGGGAUUUGCAUGAUGAUACUGGUGCUGAGGUCACAGAGCACAUUGUGUGACUUACCCAACAAUGGCAUCAUACAAUGCACAGACAAAGUGCCUCAGUAACCACAUUAACAAAUCUGAAAUCCAUUUUAUCUCCUGAACCAACUUUAACAAUGCAGAACCUUGAGGGAUACAAUAAAGAAAAAUGAACUCAAAGCUGUGUUUGAUAGAUUUUCUUGUAUAAAGUCAACGUUUUGAGUUUUAAAAAAAAAUGCACUGAAGUGCCAUGAUUGCAUAUUGAGGAAAUGAAGACAUUUUCUUCUGGAAUUAUUUAAGGUUCAAUGGGGUAAAUGCAUUUUCUUUUAAAGAUCAUGACUGUAUAUAGUUGUCAAUAUCUUUAAGUAUUUUAAUGAAAUGGACCAAAUGGAUUAAUGUUAGCAACAGCAAGCUGCUCUUAAAUUUUCACAGGAUUUCUUAUUGCUGAUGUAUUUAUUUAAGAUGAGAAAUACCCAAUUUCAACUUGUGCUGGAAUUUGGAGAUGACUAGGCGGAAGCAGGUAGCAAACCAUCUGCACGCCUCCCCUUCCUCCCCAGCCACUCCCAGGAAAUAUUAACUUUAGAGUCUCAUUUGCAGAGGAAAUAAAAUUGCUGCUGAAUAGGAGUCAAAACUGGUGGAAGUUCAGAUUCUGCCAAGGACUCAAGGAAUCUGAUUCAAACAGAAUGGGUGAUGAGAAGACCAGUCAGUCACAAAUUUUUUGUGUGUGUGCUGAGUGUGUGUGUGCGCCUGUAUGUGUGAGAGAGAGUGUGGUUGUGUGUGUUGAGUGUGUGUAAGUGUGUGUGUGUGAGGGAGAGAGAGUGUGGGUGUAUGUGUGCAUGUAUUGUGUGUGUGUGUGUGAAUGUGUGUGUGUGUGGAGUGUUGAGUGUGAGUGUGUGUGUGAGAGAGAGAGUGAGUGAGAGAGUGUGUGUAUGUGUGUGUGCUGAGUGUUGAGUGUGUGUGUGUCUGUGUGUUGUGUGUGUGUGUGUUGACUGUGUGCGAGUGUGGAUGGCUGAGUGUGUGUGUUGAAUAUGUGUGUGAGAGAGAGUGUGUGUUUGUAUGUGCGCUGAGUGUGUGUGUGUUAGGUGUGAGUGUGUGAGUGUUGUGUGUUGGGUGUGAGUGUGUGUGUGUUGGGUAUGCAUGUAGGAGCUGAAAUUUGCCUUGUCAAGAUAAGCCAUAAAGAAUCUUUAAAAACUAAUGGAAUAAUUAGUGACUUACAGCUCCUGUGGGUCGAAUAAUGCUGGUGCCAGAUUCCUCACCAGGAAUAUUUGGACUUCUGUUCCUUGGCUUGCAUUUCAACGCCACACAAGCUCACUUACAGACUUUGCGCUGCCAGAUUUUUCUGACAGGUUGGAUACUGUAUAGAGCUUGGUCUUCCACAGUACAAACUAUAUAUGCAUUGGAUUGUUGCAGUUGUAAUAUUGUGCUGCUAUUAAUCCCCAUUUUUUCAAGGACAAUACCUGAAUUCAGACAAGUAAAAGUUGUGGACUGUGGGCAUACAUCAGGCCUGUAGCACAAGAACAGCUCGACCACCCCGCAAUCCUAAGCAAACACCUCUACAGAUGUGAUAAUGGGAACUGCAGAUGCUGGAGAAUCCAAGAUAAUAAAAUGUGA